CUCAAGCGGCCCUUCCGCCCUGCUCGCGGCGGCUUCCGGCGACCCAGCAAUGAGGCUGACGGCGGUGCUCGGCAUCUCCCACGGGCGGUUGCGGCGCCGUUUGGGGCUCGGGCCGCGCUCGCGCCUCGACAUGCUGCGAAACCUCGUCACGGGCCUGGUGCGCCACGAGAGGAUUGAGACCACGCGCGCCCGCGCCGACGAGAUGCGCUUCUACGCCGAGCAGCUGAUCGAGCACGCCAAGCGCGGCGACACGGACCCGCAGGCCAUGCGCCUGGCCGACUUCUGGCUGACGGAGAAGGACCUGCUGCCCAAGCUCUUCAAGGUGCUGGCGCCCCGCUUCGCGCCCCAUCAGGGAGGCUACACGCGGAUGGUGCGGAUCCCCAAGAAUGACAACCUGGACCGGGCCGAGAGGGCGGUGAUCGAGUACAAGGGCAACCCGCUCCCGCCGCUGCCGCUGCCCCGCCGAGACGGCGAGAAGACGCUGGUCAACCAGCUGCUGAAGGGUUACCGGGAGGAGCGGCGCCCCGCCGACGGCACGGCCGUGUAACAUCGCCCCUUGGUGAAUAAAGGCCUCUCCGCGCUCGCCCCGGGGCCGCCGCCGCCGCCUCCUUGGUCUCUCUCGGGUGGGGAGAAGGGGGGGACCCGACUGAGCUGGGGGUGAGGAGAAGGCAGCGCUUCCCUCCCAGCAACUGAGCCGGGAGAGACGGUCAGCUGUGUAAAGUCUUUGCUAAGAACCGAUUGGAAAACUGCCAGCGAUUCCAGUUGCUCACCUCAAAAAAGGUAUUCAAGAUUUGGGAAAGGUGCAGAGGCUUAAUGAACUCCUACAGCUGGGAUUAUCAGUUUUGUGUUCGCUGCUGUAUACUUUUGCCGUUUUGACUCCUCAAUCACACCAGUUGGAAUAGAUCUUGGAGAAAAUCUAACCUAUUUUUUUCUACCUGCCCCCCUUGCAUUCCUCAUCUUUGUCUCUGUACCACUCGCAGCUGUUUGUCCUUUUUUUCUUUCCUUCCGCCUCUUCCAGCAUUAAAGACUUUUUCUGAGAGCUGUUUAAUGUGA